AUGGCUGUAGCGGAUGCAGAUUACCGAUUUGUUUACGCAAAUAUUGGAGCGUAUGGAAAGGACUGCGAUUCUAACGUUUUUCAAAAAUGUCAAUUGUGGAGAUCUAUUGUUAACGGCACCAUGGAUAUACCUGAAGACAAGUGUCUUCCAGGCUCGCAAGACCAAAAAGUUCCUUAUUAUUUAGUAGGAGAUGAGGCUUUUGGUUUACAUAAGCAUCUCCUAAAACCGUACGGUGGACAUAGUUUAACAAUCAAGAUGAGGAUAUUCAACUAUCGGUUAUCUAGAGCACGCAGGUACGUGGAAUGUACAUUUGGAAUAUUAAGCAACAAAUGGAGAAUCUUCCAUCGUGCAUUUAACUUAGAUCCAGACUUUGCUACGGAUAUAGUGAAAGCUUGUGUAGUUUUACACAAUUUCGUACGCGACCGAGACGGCUUUGAAACGGAAGAUAUGAUGUCUAUUACAGGACUUGAAAGUGACCCAGGAAAUCCCCCAGGGGAAAUGAGAAGAAAUCAGGCAACAGUCUCAGCCAAAAAUGUAAGAGAUGUACUCAGUAAUUACUUCAUGACUGAGAAUGGUUUAGUCCCUUGGCAGUUUUCAAAAAUCUAA